GUCCCAGAAGACCCUGCGGACUGUGCACCUCGAGGUACCAGCCUCUCCUGGGAGGAGUGGGGGGCCGCUGGUCAGCGGCUGGCAGAGGGGACCUGUUUGCUGGCCCAUUUGGAGGUGGGAUGGAGUGGGGUUUGGAGACUCAGAAGCCCAAGAGAAGACACUGAGUUUCUCCCCACCCCCCAACCCCACUUCCGAAAAAGAACCAGGUGGUGAGGAGGAAUAAGGCGAAGUGUAAACACAAACAACCUCAAAAAGAAGCCAAGAAAAGCGAAGCCCAAAGAAGCAAGAGCAACACUGUUACAAAACUGUCUGGUUUUGUAACAAUUUCCCCGCCGCCGGCCAAUGAACAGCGUGGCGGCACGUCACGUGGUACCGUUUUAUAUAACACUUUGCUGAGACAAGACAGUUAUUAGGCGGCGCGGGGCGGCCGGCAUGGAGCUCCCGGAGGCGCGGCAGGGUCAGGAGCUCGGUGGAAUGGCGGCGGUGGCUGCCCCGAUUUCCUCCAGCUGCCACUCCUUGCUUCGUGUCCCCGGUCCCUAGACGCCUCGUCUCCUCCCGUGUCCCUCUUCCCAUGGAGUCAGUACGGACCGAACAGAUGCUGAGCUUGCCCGCCGAGGUCAGCAGCGACAACUUGGAGUCGGCGGAGCGAGGGGCAUCAGCGGCCCAAGUAGACAUGGGCCCCCACCCAAAGGUGGCUGCAGAGGGCCCCGCACCUCUACCGACGCGGGAGCCAGAGCAAGAGCAGUCUCCGGGGACCUCAACGCCGGAGAGCAAAGUCCUGCUCACGCAGGCAGACGCCUUGGCGUCCCGGGGGCGAAUCCGUGAAGCCCUCGAGGUGUAUAGACAGCUCUCCGAGCGGCAGCAGCUGGUGGCUGAGCAGCUGGAGCAGCUGGUGCGCUGCCUGGCGGAGAAAGUCCCGCAAGGCGAGGCGCUGGCGCCGGCGCCCCCGGACGAGGGUAGCACUGCAAGCGGCACCGUGGCGGCGGAAGAGACGGGGGCCGCCGCGGCUGCGGCGGCCACCGAGGUGUGGGACGGCUUUAAGUGCCGGAAAUGUCAUGGGUUUCUAUCAGACCCCGUGUCCUUGUCGUGUGGCCACACCUUUUGUAAACUGUGCCUGGAACGUGGGCGGGCCGCCGACCGGCGCUGUGCGCUGUGCGGGGUCAAGCUCUCCACCUUGAUGGUGGCCACUGGGCGGGCGCGUGGAGCCCGGCGGGCUGGGCAGCAGCCGCCGCCGCCGCUGCGAGUCAACGUGGUGCUCAGCGGCCUCCUCGGCAAGUUGUUUCCAGGCCCAGCGCGAGCGUCGCAACUCCGGCACGAGGGCAACCGACUGUACCGCGAGCGCCAGGUGGAGGCGGCACUGCUCAAGUACAACGAAGCAGUUAAGUUGGCUCCAAAUGACCACUUGCUUUAUAGCAAUCGGUCUCAGAUUUAUUUCACCUUGGAGUCUCAUGAGAACGCACUGCAUGAUGCAGAAAUAGCAUGUAAGCUCCGCCCGAUGGGUUUUAAGGCACAUUUCAGAAAAGCCCAAGCCUUAGCCACCCUAGGCAAGGUGGAGGAGGCACUAAGGGAGUUUCUCUACUGUGUAUCCCUUGAUGGAAAGAACAAGAGAGCAAGAUGUGAAGCCCAAAGACUUCUCCUUAGUUUCUUUUCACCAUCAGUCCCGGGGGAUUCUCAGGAACAUUCUCCCGAUAUCCUGAAGCUGUUGGCACCUCACCCUAGAUUAAAGGAAAACGUAGAGUCAAUGACUACUGAAGUUACCAGCCAUAAUCUACCAAGGUUGUUACAGGACAAUCUGGAGCUCCCACAUUGUUCUAGUCAGGAGGAAGCAGCAGCCAGGGGAGAUGGCAGCAGUCUGAUGGACCCAGCUAAAGUGAAGGGGGAUGGUCAGCAGCACCACAUGAAAGACCAGGAAGAAGAGGAGGAGAAGUGGGAUGCUACCUCUCCAAAAGCUGCUUCCAGCAAGACUGGAAAAUGCCAGGAAAAGAAAAGGAAACAUUGCCAGAUUGAAUCCCAAGAAGAAACGGGGAUGCCUAAUAAAGCCUCCAAGCAAGAUCCUCCCACUGAUCAGGGGGACAAACCUGCUCUCAGUUUACCACUUGCAUCUUUCGACGCAUCUGACCUUGAAUGUGCUCUAUGUAUGAGAUUAUUCUAUGAGCCAGUCACAACACCUUGCGGGCAUACUUUUUGCUUAAAAUGCCUAGAAAGAUGCCUAGAUCACAACGCAAAGUGUCCAUUGUGCAAAGACGGUCUUUCACAGUGCUUGGCAUCAAGAAAAUACAGCAAAAAUGUAAUAAUGGAGGAGCUCAUAGCUAAAUUCCUUCCAGAAGAACUGAAGGAACGAAGGAAGCUUUAUGAAGAGGAAAUGGAAGAACUUUCUAACCUUAAUAAGAAUGUGCCUAUUUUCGUGUGUACUAUGGCCUAUCCCACCGUUCCUUGUCCCCUGCACAUCUUUGAGCCUUGUUACCGCCUGAUGAUUCGUAGAUGCAUUGAGACAGGCACGAGACAGUUUGGCAUGUGCCUUGGAGAUCCUGUCAAAGGGUUUGCAGAAUAUGGCUGCAUCCUAGAGAUCAGAAAUGUUCAAUUCUUUGCUGAUGGCCGCUCAGUGGUUGACAGCAUAGGCAAGAGGCGCUUCAGGGUGCUCCAUCAGAGCCAGCGGGAUGGCUACAACACAGCCGACAUUGAAUACAUUGAAGACCAAAAGGUUCAGGGAGAGGAUUGUGCUGAGCUCAUGGGAUUACAUAACUGUGUCUAUCAGCAAGCGUCAUUGUGGUUUCAUUCGCUCAAAUCAUCCCUAAAGAAUCGGAUACUCAAUCACUUUGGUCCCAUGCCGGAGAAAGACGCCGAUCCUCAGAUGAACCCGAAUGGCCCAGCCUGGUGCUGGUGGAUGUUAGCAGUUCUUCCCUUGGAAAGCCGAGCUCAGCUCCCCUUCCUAGCAAUGAGGUCCUUAAAGGACAGACUGAAUGGUAUUCGACGAGUCCUGGCCUUCAUAUCCCGAAACCAAAACUAGUGAGUGGAUUGCCGAAGAGGAGCUCCCACCUUCCCCACUGCCGUUGGGGGGAGUCUUCUUGUAAAUAUAUCUAAUUGCAAUAAUAUCUUAACAGAAGGGGGUGUCAAACAGAGGCAUCAGCCUGCUGUUGAUGACAGAGAGAAAUUGAGUAGAAAGACCAAAAGAAUGUGACCUAUUUGAAACUUUCUGUCUUAAGAUGCUUCUUGACAUGCUGCAUAACUACAUAAACAGCAGAGGUGUUUAAGAGCCCAGAAAAACAUAAUUUGAUUUUAACAUUAAAAUUUCCAAAAGUUUAAAGUGGUUUUGCUUUAAUAUUCUUUCUUUCAUAGAUCAAUGACUGUGUGGUUGAAAUGUGAAAACAAAGAUACUAAUAAUGUUGCUGUAUAAUUUCACUGACUUGAGGUCUCAUUCCAAAUGGUUCAGGUUUUAUAGAGCAUUGUGAAAAAUAAUGUUCAUACUUCUUUCUGUUUUAAUAAUUUAUUUUUUGCACUACUGUGUCCUUUUUUCUACAUGUAUGUUUGUAACUAUUUAAGCGUACAUUGCUGAAAAGUCCAUUGCUUUAUUUAUUGAUGUGGUUUACCAUGUACCUAGGGGGAAAUAACAAUACUAGAAGUGUGCAGUUUUUGCUUUUAUCUUUUUUUUACUACAGUGACACUAGUUCUUAGACCAUUUCUGUAUCUAUCCAAAUGGAUGCUUAAAAGAAGUUCAGAAUGAUGCUAAGAUCAUCUGUCUUCAGAGUCCACUUUUUUUUUUUCAGUUUGAACUAAACAAUAUAAAAUACUUAAGGGGUUUGGCCUAGAUUAUGGUAUAUGCCAAGGUAAAGUAAAACAAUUCAUUUUCUGUGUGUAAUACAGAACAAAGCUGAAAGAAUUAUUUUUAUUAUAGGCAUUUACUUCAGCAAUCUAAUUGUACGUGUAUCUAAUUUUUCCCCAGUGCAGUUAGGAAUCGGAUUUUAGGCAGGAUCAUAAUUAACUCUUCAGAGGAAAUGGUGUUCAGUUUAGCACAUCACAGUCAUGCCCAACUAGCCUCCAUAACCCACCUCUCCCCGGGGUUCUGAGGAUCAAGACCUGGACAGAAACACUUGAUAAGGACUUUUUAUUAUUAAAAAUGUAAAUAAGCCAAAUAGAGUAGAACCCUAUAAAAAUCUUUUUAAAGGAACCAGACGGCCAGGCACGGUGGCUCACGCCUGUAAUCCCAGCACUUUGGGAGGCCGAGGCAGGCGGAUCACUUGAGGUCAGGAGUUCGAGACCAGCCUAACUAACAUGAUGAAACCCUGUCUCUACUAAAAAUGGAUACAAAAUUAGCCAGGCUUGGUGGUGUAUGCCUGUAAUCCCAGCUACUUGGGAGGCUGAGGCAGGAGAAUCACAUGAACCUGGGAGAUGGAGGUUGCAGUGAGCCGAGAUUGCACCAUUGCACUCCAGCCUGGGCAACGAGCAAACCUGCGUCUCAAAAAAAAAAAAAAAAAAGAACCAGAUAAUCUAUUAUUUUACCUAAGUACUGCCUUUGCUUCUAGUUGCAUAGGUGAAAUAUUUCAAUGUAUGGGGAGAAUAUAGGGUGAGGAGUAAGAGUAAGCCCUGAUUUAGCUUGCUUAGUGCUAGUUUGAGUCCUUCAGUGGCAGGACAGCCUGUAAAGUACCACGAGUACGGGAGUGUUAUAAUGGCAGAGUGAAACGAUUAGAGCAGGGAGGAAGUGAAUUGUGCCAUUAGUACCUUCAUGCAAAUUAUACCAUGUGAUUUUGGACAGUGAAUGAUUUUUGCAUCAUUCAUUCACAGCCCAUCACUCUGUUAAGGUGAGAGUGUAAUUCUUAACUUCUACCGUCACCACCUGUAGCUAGAAACAGGAAAGGGAGAAUGAGAUGAUCCAGACAACAUAAAAAAGAUGCAUGUAAGCAGAAACCAGAUGGUCUUUUCUGCACUCACUUAAUGGACAUUAUGUUGUCAGAGCGUUGGGUUUAUCAGAUUUGAUGUUUGGAGCUAGUCUGGGCAGGUGAAGAACAGAAAUAGGUGGAAGUAUAGGCAUUAUUUCUGCGCAAGCAAACUCCACAAAGCUCAGGGAGCAGAAAAGACUCCCCCUCCCACCUGGUUCCCAGACCAUGUGGUCAUAACACAAUCCUAAUAGUUUCUUGUUAUCUAGUGUAAAUGCAACAAAGAAAAAGGCCCUAAGCUUCUCUACUUAUUAGAUAUAUUACUUUUGGCAAUUGAUUUAACUUUUGCCAAGCCCCAGUUUUCUAAUCUAUGAAAUGAUAGUGAUAAGUUCUGCAUAUAGGGUUGUUACGAAAAUUAAAUGAGAUAACAUGUAAAUCAAUUAGCACAGUGUCUCACACCUAGAAUGUAUUCAAGAAAUAAUAGCUACUAUUAGAUUAGUCAUAGUUAUAGAAUAUCAUCAAGGGCCUACAUUUGUAUAAAACACUGCCUUUACACACAAUAUCCACUUGAAACCCCUUUAAACUUAGUUGGGGGAAUACAUACCACUGAUUUUUGGACCCAUAAUUUGAUGAUUUACAGAUAAUUCUUUUGGGAAUUAAAUGUGUGUGAAAGUGAAAUGACUGGAGAACAAAUGAGGGUCAGAGAUAGGGAUCAAUCCUAUACCAGAAAUUUUUUUCCUGCUUCAAUAAGGGCUAGAAGGUAGUGCCCUAUGUAGGUCUAGGAUUUCUUCCUUCCUUCCUUCCUUCCUUCCUUCCUUCCUUCCUUCCUUCCUUCCUUUUUCUUUCUUUCUUUCCCUCCCUCCCUCUCUCUCUCUUUCCCUCCCUUCCUUCCUUUCUUUCUUUCUUUCUUUCCUUUCCUUUCCUUUCUUUCGUGUGUGUGUGUGUGUGUGUGUGUGUGCGAGUCUGAGUCUCACUCUGUCACCCAGGCUGGAGUGCAGUGGCUCGAUCUCAGUUCACUGCAACCUCCGCCUCCCAGGUUCAAGUGAUUCCCUUGCCUCAGCCCCCCAAGUAGCUGGGAUUACAGGCACGCACCACCACGCCUGGCUAAUUUUUGUAGUUUUAGUAGAGAUGGGGUUUCACCAUGUUGGUCAGGCUAGUCUCGAACUCCUGACCUCAGGUGAUCCAUCUGCCUGGGCCUCCCAAAGUGCUGGGAUUACGGGCGUGGGUGUGAGCCACCACACCCAGCCUAGGAUUUCUGAUAGAAUGGAAGCCUUAAGUUCUAGCUCCAUUAGAAUAACCAACUUUUCACUCCCUGUUCUCCAAAAUGUACUGAGAACCUUACCCAUCCCAGAUGAUGAGAGUUUACAAUCUGUGACUUCUGUUCUUAGUUGAUAGUAUUUCUUCAUGUUGCCCAAAGUAACAGAUUCAACAAAAAAUAUACUGAGAUCCCCAUGUACCAGGUACUGAGCCAAGUGAUCUCACAUACCUGAGCUCAUUACAUCAUUUAUUUCUCAUACCAACCCUGCGAGAGCAGUUAUUAUCCCCAUAUUAUGAAUGAGAAAACUGAGCCUCCACUAUGUUAAAUAUUUUGUCUAGUUGCAAGGCAGGAUGCAAGGCUAAGCUUUGGCUUUCUUUGGGAUGUAACUUAACGAGGUAAUCAAUUGGUCUUGACCAUUUUUACACUGGGAAAUUGGUUUUGCUGCACAGCUUGGGAAUGAAGGGUAUACAGAAGAAAGACAUAAAGCUAAAUCUAGGCCAGAAAAAUAAGACUUCCCCCACAGUAGAUAGUGCCACUUAUUUAGUUUUUCUGUCUAUCAUGACUGACCCAGUCUUUGCCUAGUAGGUUAUAUUUUGUAUGUAUGUAUGUAUGUAUGUCUUUGUGUGUGUGUGUGUGUGUGUGUAUAUAUAUAUAUAUAUAUAUAUAUACAUAUAUAUACUAGGUAGCAAGCAGACAUCAUAUCUUUCUGCUUUGUACUGUACUACUGCUGCUAACAAAUAACCAGCAAAAUGUAGAAAAUGAAAAACCAAUUUUCUGUAGACAACUUGGAGAAAAGCGUGCCUGCCCCUGACUUAGCGGGGCAGAGAAUGACAAUUUUUAAAGUUUGCCUUUUCUGAAGGUUGCUUUUAGCCCAGUGCUGCCUCAGCAGCAAGGGGCAAGCUGAGUCAUUGCGCAUGUGGCGCUUCCAGCUCUACCUGUGGAGCUGGCCUGGGCUCAGAUAAUCCCCUGUGACUGGCCAUUGGAGCGGUGGAGCUCCUGAGGCUGGUUCACAGCACCCAGAGGUCUCUUACAGUCAACAGAUUGCAUACUGUUGACAGACUGCAAUCCGUCUGUGUUCCCCACACCAACUCCAUUUCCAAGAUGGGAAUUUUAUUCAGGAACUCAUUUCUUGAGUUCCCAACAUGUUGACUUCGCAUCCAUUUCUGCUCACCAAGGCAGAACCAUAGCAGUGGUGUGUGACAAAGAUGCAAAUGGAGGGCAGCCCAAACAAUGGAAAAGAGAAGAUUUUCAGCCCAUUCUUGGGGCUGAGAAGUGAGGUUUUGAUUUAUGGUAGAAGACAGUUCUAAAAAGCAGCUGGCAGCAUGGGCUUCAAUUUGUGGCCCUUCUGAGUUCAAAGAGAAGGAAGGAAAAGGAGCCACAUAAAGUGUACACAUUCAAUUCAUCUUAGAAUGAUAGCUCCCACCUUAUUACACUGUACAACUAUUUAAUAAUCUGGGUAACACACAUCCAGAGGUGAAAUGAAGAAAUUUUCACUUACAAAUGUGUAUUUCCAAACAUGCUAAGUUAACCUCCAGAGAGAAGUGCCUGUAAUCUCUGUUCGUGGUGUCACUUUAAAGCUUUUGCUUCAUGACUGUAGCUGUUGUUUAAAAUGUUUUUGCAGCAAACGCGAUUUAACAGAAGUUUACAAAGCAACACUGUAGCUAAUGCAUAAUUUUAAAAGUUGACUAACAUUUAUCUAUUGUUAAAGCAACACUAAUAAUGGAAUAAAAGGAAAGCAAAUAGGCCAAUGUGGCACCAUAGGCUUAUUUUAGAUAAAUUAGUUCCAUCACCUUACGCAGUUGUAAGUAAUGCCAGGAUUAAAAUAUCAAGCAAGCCACGUAAACAGUGGCAAAUGUGUGUGUGUUUUCCAUUUGUUUGGUAAGCAGCCAUUUUACUCUUGCACUGUAACGAACUGAAGGGAAAUAUAAGAUAAUGAUUUUUCCCCCCAUAUUGCUAUUCAACUACCUCUAUAUGCUUGAUUUCUUUUUAGGAUUCCCAUCCUCCAAAUCUGUACAAAAACGUUUCAGCUCAUCUGUGUUGUAAUAACAAUGUGAUACAGACAGUUUGUGUGAAAGUUGUUUGUUCAUUAAAAAAUGUUUCCUAUUGCCUCA